GUGUUGAUAUUCUACUCGAAGGGCGGAGGCAAAAAUGGCAAGCAUGCUUGGACGGAUAGCGCGAGCAGUAUCACUGCUGUAUCUUACAUUGCCGUUCAAGUAUACGAGCAUAUGAUUGGGCCUCAAUUCCGUUCGGCGCAACAAGACCCCACAGCUCUG